AUGCCUCUAUUCCAACCAGACCUUGAUACUCCCGUCCUCCAGCAGUUCUCCCUAAAGAACAAGAUCGCUUUAAUCACCAGAGGCUCUCGCGGGAUCGGCCGUCAGAUCGUGCAAGGAUUCGCCGAGGCGGAAGCUGAUGUGGCUUUCACUUACAAUACAUCGACCGAUGCGGACGCCACUGCUGCCUCCAUCGCUGGGCGGACGGGUGUGAGAGUCAAGGCGUAUCACGCAGACGUCAUUAAGCGGGUGGAGCUCGCAGAGACUAUUGCACAGAUUGCAGCGUCUUUCGGUAAUGGUCGGAUUGAUAUCGUCGUCGCCAACGCAGGGGUCUGUCAGAAUGUGCCUUCACUGGACUACGACCACGAAAGCUGGAACUUUAUCAACAGCGUCAACUACGACGGUGCCAUGUGGACAGCGCUAGCUGCGGGCCGUCUGUUCAAGAAGCAAGGCCGCGGUACUCUGAUCAUCACUGCAUCUGUCAGUGCCAGCCUGGUCAACACCCCACAGACUCAGGCAGCGUACAACGCCUCCAAGGCGGCUGUGCUGCAGCUCGCAAAGAGUCUUGCCGUCGAAUGGGUGGACUUCGCACGCGUGAACUGCGUGUCUCCUGGAUACAUGAUGACUGAAAUGUUGACAGGACAACCCAAAGAGUUGCUGGAUACAUGGAUCUCUCAGAUUCCGGCAGGACGCAUCUGUCAGCCUGAAGAGCUCCGAGGGCUCUAUACCUUUUUGGCUAGCGAUGCUGCCUGUUACUUGACUGGGUCGAACAUUGUCAUCGACGGGGGGCUUACUCUGCCGUAG